ACGCGCAGCUUUAGUAGUGAAACUUCACCAAUCAAGCACACCUUAGUUUUAGAGUAUCAGAAGGCACUUGCUACCAAAGCAUUGUCGUGGUUCAGGGCAUCUCCUCUACGGAACGCUAUCCGGUCAACCUACUACCAAUCGGGUCGAAGCCGUCGACGCACUGACGGAUUUGGCUAUUCCGGCGGUAACGGUAGAUGGGACUUCUUUCAGAGAUAUCUCUCCUCAAUACCGUCCCGAUGGAUAUUCUAUGGCAUACUUGGUAUCAACGUCCUUGUCUAUGGGGCGUGGAGAUACUCCGAUAUGUAUUGGCAAUUCCGAGAUCCUAGCCGUGUAUUCUUCAUGCUCAAGCAUUUUACUGUCUCUUGGGAUAAUUUUAAGCAGGAAUGCAUAUGGACUCUUAUUACAUCCUGUUUUUCGCAGUCGUCCGCCACCCAUGCAUUGAUGAACGGCCUGACAUUUUAUUUUAUGGCUCCGGCAGUCCUUGAUCUCCUGGGGAACGCAAGGUUUCUAGGACUGUACCUCGGAGGUGGAUUGAUAGCCAGUGCCGUUAGCCUGGCGUGGAACCAUCUCACUUCUGGAAACCCGAAUUACAGAAGUCAUGGCGCGAGUGGCGCCAUUCUCUCUACGGUUGCAUUCUUUGCUUGUGCCUUUCCAAGGACCCAGUUUCUUGUGUUUUUCAUCGUGCCCGUUCCCGCAUGGGCGUGCAUCACUGGGCUAUUCGCUUGGGACUUGUAUUCCACCGUUGUGCGACGCCAAGGUAGUACCGUAGACUCGGCAGGGCACGUAGGGGGAAUCGUUGCUGGAGUGCUCUAUUGCUUGCGUCUACGAUACAAAGGUUUCUUGGUAUAG